CUACCCACCAACUUCCGCACAUAAUCUAAAGUUCACAAGAACUCUAGAUUAACACUCAUUUUCACGUUUUCAAAAGAAACAAAAAAGUUUUUAAACUUGUAACAAAGUCUAUUCACCCCCCCUCUAGACUUUGUAUCUCACCACUUCGGGACCACCAAUUGGUAUCGGAGCAUACUUCUCACUAUCUACUUUUAGAUUAACGAGAAGCGAUCAUAAUGGUGAACAAUAUGGAUCACGGUUUGCCCAAGUUUUCUCUUCUAGGUUAUGAUGAUUGGAAGAUCAUGAUGGAAGCACAUCUCUACGCUCUACAUGAUUGCAUGUGGAUGGUGCUUGAGGAUGGACCCUUGAAAAUCCAAAUGGAGAACCCUGAGAGGAAUCCAGCUGCUCCAGAUGUAGUCCAGUACAUUCCAAAGCCCAAGCAGCCAGAUUGCAAAAAGCACAAUCUGGACAACUGGUACACCAAAGCCACAGCCAUGGAAGGAGGAAGAAACCUGGAGAACUACACUGUUCAAGGUCUCCUUGAUGAACUCAGAACCUAUGAGCACGAGCUGAAGAAGAAGAAGGAAGAACAAGUCACUCCCUUCCCCACAGCAUUGAUGACAACUCCAAGAAUCCCAUCAAGUGAAGGGACAUGCACAAGAAACUGUGACACACCUUCCUCCAGCCAGCCGACAAGCUCAAAAAUGGAGAACUACGAUGAGGAAUUUGCCAUGAUGGUCAAACAAUUCCGGAAGUUCAAGAAGUUCUUCAAGAAGGCUGAUUCAAUCAGAAGGCCAUCCAAGGGAAAGCCACAGGUAAGUGACUCCCCUCCUGAAUUUUAUUUAUGCUAUAACUGCAGGAAGCCUGGCCACUGGAAGUCAGCAUGCCCGUACCCAAAGGUGGAAAAGUACGGAGAAAGAGAAAGGAUCGAGAAGAAAAAGAAAGCAAUGGUUGCUGCUGAAAGUGAUGAGUCAUCCAGCUCAAGCUCGGAUGAAGAAGCCCUCGUCUGCAUGGAGCGCAGAGUUGAGAAGUCCAACCAUGAGGACAGGUGGACUAUGUCAGAAGAUAACACUCUCUGCCUAAUGGCCAAAGAUGAUGCUGAUCAAGAGGAUGAAGAAGUCAAUGAAGGAGAUAAAAUGAAGCCUACUGAAUUCAUUCCAUUCAGAAGUCUACCACUGAAGACUUCACAAAGAAAUCUGGAUUCAAAUAGUGCUGAGCCUACCGGAAAUCUUGGCCAGCCUUCUAAUAUUCCGGAUCACUCAAACGGCGACAAUUCCGGAAAUGGCAACCCAGUGCCAAUCCAUCCGGAAACACCAACAACUUCUGCUCUUCAACCAGAAGCUGAACUAGAUCAACCAGUCAAUCCUAAUCAACACAAUCUUCGUUGGUUAAGGGAUCAUCCUCCCCAACAAGUCAUUGGAGAUAUUCAAUCUAGCAAGUUGGAAGCCAAGUGCUCCUCACGAACUUUCUAUCAAUCUUAUCUGGAGAUGAUUGAUGCUCAAGAGCUCUACGAAUUCCUUCAUAUGGAGAUUCGAUUCAAGUAUGAGAACGAAGUUCUUGAAUUCUACAAGAAUGGAAAGGUCAAGACUGUCAAAUCAAAGAAGGACCCACAAAGGACGAUUCAAGUCAUCAAUUCCACUGUUGGAGGGACAAAAGUGAAGCUUUCGCAGAAGAAAUUGGGAGAAAAGCUUCACCUUCCCAAUUCUGGAGUUGAAAUUGGGAGACUUCCAGCCAAGAAUCUGGAUUGGAACAUUAUUGGAAUUUCUGGGCAAGCUCCCUCUGGCCCAGCGAAGAAAACUCAUCUGAACAACGACUACAAGCUAGUCCUUGAACUGGUCAUCGCAUGCCUCAAAUGUGGAAGUGGAGGACAUGCUGAUGACAUCACCCAAGAGAGGGCCUUCAUCAUCAAUGCCCUCAUUACCAAGUCUAAGUCCUUGGGUGCUGCCUCUGAAGGAAAGAAGUAUGAAGCCAGAUAUUGGCUAUACUAUCUGUCUUCCAAAGGGGAAAACAAAGCUGGUGCUAGCACAACUGCAGAGGAAAGUUCUUCAGACAAUGUCCUUAUCAUGAGUCUGAACAAAUCAGUAAAGAGGAAGCAAGUGGUGUCUCCCUCUCCCAGUGCUGAAGCACCACAGAAUCUUGCUCCAAUCAAUCUUGAAGAAGAAGAAGAGUUCUCUGACCAAGGAGAACUACAAAGGAAAAAGAAGAGGAAAAUCAUCUCUCCCUCAACAUCUGGAUAUGUCAAUCCGGAUGAGUUGAAGGAGAAGGAACCAACUGAGGAAAGCCCUGCCCACAACCGGAGUCCUCAACAACUUGAAGAAGAAACUCCUCAACUCUACUAUGACUGGAGAGCUUGGAAAGUUGGAAAUUCAGCAGAACAGUUGCUGAAUUGGGACCAGCAGCUGAAGAAUGAGAAGAUCAUCAAGAAGUGCUUAGGUCUGCCAGUCAACUAUUGCUGUGAGCAAAUCCUGGAUGUUGACUGGGUAUGGCAAAGGAACUAUGAAGAUUUGCAUCUGGAACACUUGGUCACCUCACCAAUUUCAGAAUUUGAAGUGGAUGAUGAGGAUCCUGCAGUCUACAAACCAGUCCUCUCAAAAACCACAGAAGAUCAGAACCAGGAAGGAUCAAAUGAAGAACUCGAGCAACUGCUCCAUUCUGAAGCUUUAGAGAUUCUCACAAAUCCUUGUGAGAUCACCAAUCCUACUGACACUGAGAUCCCGGAGAAGUCAGCAGAAAAUCUGGAGAUGUCCAAAACACCAGAAACAAAUGAAGCUCACGAAGAGCAAGCUGUAGAAGCCCAAAGAAGUUCUGCAGAAGCUGAGAAGGAAACUCAAAAGGCAGAACUGGAGGCCUCCAAAUCUCCAGUAGACAUUUUUGAAGAACAGAAUGAAGCUGAAGAAAGAGACUCCCUCUCUAGAGAUAUAUCAAAUUUUACACUUGGGGAAGCAGAAGAAGAAUCUCAAAGGACUCUGAAAAUCAAUGAUGAAGAAGAUGUACAAGAUGAUGCUGAAUCUCUUCCUAUGCAACUCUUCCUGUAACACCCCAACUCGAAUAACCCAAUUACAUAGAUUAUUUGAGCCGAAGUAGUUACCAUGAUGAGUAUUGCUGAAACAAUGCGGAAGCUUAAAUAUAAAACACAAUCAAAUUGUUUACAUUUUUCUGGGUUCUCGCCCGAAAAGGUAUUUAUUUAAUUAAAACAUCAUAAAUGUUGUCCACCAGUCCGUACAUCUCGUCACUCUCAUUGACCUCCGGGAUGGGCUCCAUGAUCAGUAUUGUUACCUGCGUGUAGCAAGUAAAACAAACUACACGCUCAGCGUCAGCUGAGGAAUACGCUAAUACAACAAUUCCAAGUUGAAUAGCAAGUAGACAUAUAAUUAUCAUGAUAUGACAUAAUAUAGAAUGUAUGCUCAAAUGAUGAUUGUGAUACGUAAUAAAUGUCAUACAUAGUCAUAAUGAUUGCAUUUGCUUGAUGAUGAAUUCAUGCUGUAUGAUUCUAGGUCACAAGGACAAGCCUUGAACUAUGAGAUUCGCCCAUUUUGUACGACGAACUCACGCAAAAAUAGGGGUGGUACUCGAAAGCCUAAGUACCAUGUACGUACACUAAGCCCGGUCCGUGAUGUUAGACUGCUAAGUC